UGUGGUGAUGUACACCUUGGUGAGGAUGCAGGCCUGUGUGUUGUGGUGGCUGGCCCUUGGCAUCAUGCUGUGGAUUCCUGCAGGAGCCAAGCCAAUGCCAGAGGAAGCAGAUCCCUACACACAGCCACCAGCCAUGCCCUACUGGCCUUUCUCCACUUCCGACUUCUGGAACUACGUGCAGUAUUUCCAGACCCAGGGUGCCUACCCACAGAUUGAGGACAUGGCCAGAACCUUCUUCGCACACUUCCCCCUGGGAAGUACCCUGGGAUUCCAUGUCCCCUACCAGGAGGACUGAGCAGUGUCCAAUCUGCCGCCUACCUAGCUGCACUGGGUGAAGCCUAAGGUGGUCCAGAGACACAGUGGUGGGCAAGGGGGUGGGCCUCGUGCUCAAUAAACUCCCUCUGAAGAUGCAUGACACCCCUGUGCAUUUCUUUCAAGGAGCCUGUGUGCGCUGUA